CAGUUACUUGACGAUAAUUUCUACUUUUCCCGCCUUCUUGAAUCCCUCCUUCCUCGCUCUCGUUUUUGGACGACUUGGCACAAAAAUACGACCCAGUCUACCUUGAGACUUCCGCAUCCGGCCGGUCCCAAGCUGGUGCUCUGGAGUACCACCUUCUAUUCUCUCUCGCCCCUGGCGUCGUCUGAUUCCUUCGCUCAUAACCCUAAACAACUACAUUCGCUAUCUAUCGGAGGAGUUCAAAGUCGGUAAUUCUACAACGAAAAUGCGGUUAAAGUCGCUUCUUUUCACUUUUCUCCUCGCCUGCCUCGGCGCACCGCUAGUAGCUGCCGUCGAUCUGAUCGAAUCCAAUGCGCUUAACCUCUGUCAGGACAGCUCCAACUUUACGGCCACCCUGUUUAAAGUAACAUUCACGCCGAACAAUAGAUCCCUCGUCUUCAGCUUCGAUGGAGUGGCUGCGAUUUCGGGUAAAGUGAAGGCGACACUCAUCCUCGAUGCCUAUGGCUACCAGGCGAUUAGAGAAGAAUUGGAUCCCUGUGAGAUGAACAUCGGCGGUCUAUGCCCCAUGAGUGCUGGGCCGAUCGAUGUCCCCAAGGCGCAGAUCGAUGUCCCGCAAGAUGUAGUGGAUAAGAUUCCAGGCAUUGCAUAUACAGUUCCUGACCUUGAUGCUUCGGUUCGAAUCUACAUCAACUCCACGGAGACCGGUGAAAGUAUCGCGUGCGUCGAGGCGUCUCUAUCGAAUGGCAAGACGGUCUACCAAAAGGGGGUGGGCUGGGCGACAGCCGUCAUCUCCGGUUUAGGUUUGGCCGCUUCCGCUAUCACUUCUGGCUUAGGACAUUCAAACACUGCCGCACAUGUAGCGGCCAAUGCUCUGUCCCUUUUCAGCUUCAUGCAAUCUCAGGCCAUGAUUGGUAUGACAUCCGUUCACAUGCCCCCGAUCGUUGAGGCGUGGACCCAGAACUUCCAGUGGAGCAUGGGUAUCAUCCAUAUUGGGUUCCUGGAAAGCAUCUGUACCUGGUACCAGAGAUCGACCGGAGGAACGCCUUCGACCACCCUUUCCGAGCUCUCGACAACGUCAGUACAGGUGCUCAAAAAGCGAGCCCUCGACGAGGCGACAGGCCUUGUCAAGAGAGCGACGGAUAUAUUUAGACGCUCCGGUGCCGAAUCCGAGACCGCCAACACAUCGAAUCUUGUCGUGCGCGGUAUCAAACGAGUUGGAUUCAAGGCGAGGAUUGAGGCGACGAACAUUUUCCUGACUGGUCUUAUCUUCUUCGUUUUCUUCGUGGCUAUAGUGAUGAUCCUCGUCUCACUGUUCAAAGGAGUCUGUGAGCUCCUCGCGAAGAAUGGGAGAAUGAAGACCGAUAAGUUCCAGGAUUUCCGUAAUGGUUGGAAGGUUGUCGCGCGUGGUAUCUUGUUCCGACUGACUUUGAUCGGCUUCCCUCAAAUGACGGUCCUUUGUUUGUGGGAAUUCACCCAGCAUGAUUCUGCAGCUGAGGUGGUACUCGCUGUGAUUAUGUUCUUUUCCAUCGUUGCGGCUUUGGGAUGGGCUGCCUUCAAGGUCAUCGCUUUGGCAAAACGAUCCAUUACCAUGCAUAAAAAUCCUGCAUACAUACUUUACUCUGACCCGACCUGCCUGAACAAGUGGGGAUUCUUAUACGUCCAGUACCGUGCAACGGCAUACUACUUUGUUAUUCCCGUUCUUGGUUACAUCCUUGUCAAAGGCAUGUUUAUCGGUCUGAGUCAAGAAGCCCCAGUGGUGAUGACUGUUGCUUUGGUUAUUCUGGAGGCGGGUAUGUUGAUUGCAGUCAGCGUUCUACGACCAUGGAUGGACAAGAAAACCAACAUCUAUAACAUCUCCAUCGCGGCGGUGAACUUCCUCAACGUCAUCUUCCUUCUCUUCUUCUCUGACGUUUUCAACCAACCGGGCCUUGUGACAGGUGUCAUGGGUGUUGUCUUCUUUGUGAUCAACGCAGUGUUCGCUCUCAUCCUCUUGCUCCUCGUGCUGAUCGCUUCUAUCUACGCCAUUGUAUCAAAGAACCCGGAUAUGCGCUACCAACCCAUGCGUGACGACCGUGGCUCUUUCAUCAAGUCACAGGGCCAGCUCACAACGGAAUUGGACGCCCUGGGUGCCGCCGCUCGUGGCGACGUCAAGACUGGCUCCUACAAAUCUAGCCCAUUUGAUGACGACAACGGCUCCUUCUCAAGCGGUAAUGGAGCCAGUAUCAACCGUCAAAAUCUCGGUGUACACGACCACUCGGGAGGUGCUCGUCAAUCUCCCGUUUCACCAGUUGAUCCGUCCGUGCCACUGUUCCCCAGCGAUGCUUCAACAGGACAAGCCCCCCCAGGCUACAACAUGCGAUCGCCAUCACCAGUUCCGCGGGGUUAUACUGCAUCCCCACUCAACAAUCCCAAUGCUUAUAGGCAACAGAACAACCCUAGUCCAUGGCAGAGAGGAGCAGGGUACGAGCACUAAAGGAAUACAAUGCAUGCCUUCUCGCUCUGCUGGAGAUGAAUUAUGGCUCAGCGUGGGAAAUGGAUUGGGUCUUCCUACCAUCCUAAUUUCACUUUGCCCCUGCACCUGGUGCAUUUUGUUUCCCUUCCCCCUUUUAUACUUUGCUACCUGCUCUUCUUUUCGCCACAGUUUCUUUUCCGUAUACUGCGAUAUACUGAAAUAAAACUUUUUCCCUGUUUUCUUUUUCUUCUAUCUAACCUCUUGCCCUCUUUGUCACCUUACCAGGACUUUUCUUUUUUUGUUCUUACACGGCGUUCUAAAGCAUUGGAUUUGGAGAUUCCGGACUUGGGUUUUGCAGUCGAUGUGAUCUAUAUAUCUUGAGACAGGGGACUAUACUCGGCCCGAGCCGAUGUCUCUGUAUUAUUUGUGAUUUCAUGUAUG